AUAGCUUGGAACCAGUUUGACCAGUUGCUGCUGAGCCGCUUAAGUUGGAACUGGAACUUCACAUUGGAUCACUUGCCAAAGUUCGUUUUAGCUGCACAGACAGAAAAUAUACGCUCGCCAUGUCCAACACAUCCGCUCAUACGAUGCAUGAUAAGCUGGCCAAUAUGGAGCUGCUCACACUGGACAAUCCUGUGUUCUGUUGCUAUCUCUUUUGGGCCACGGUGUUGGUAGUGAAGAUGCUGCUCAUGUCCCUGCUGACAGCGCUGCAGCGUUUCCGCUACAAGGUCUUUCCCAACGAAGAAGAUCUGUUUUUCAAGAACAUUGAAGUGCAGUUCGAUGAUCCACACGUGGAACGCGUGCGAAGAGCUCAUCGCAAUGACAUGGAGAAUAUUUUGCCAUAUUUCAUCAUGGCCUUGAUCUAUGUGAGCACCAACCCCAACCCCCUGGUGGCCUGCAAUCUGUUCCGCGUGGCUGCCAUUGCACGCAUUGUCCACACACUCGUCUAUGCUCUCUUUCCAGUGCCGCAGCCAUCGCGUAUUUUGGCCUUUGCCACGAUGCUGCUGAUUACCUUCUACAUGGCUGCCGUUGUGGCUUUGCGUACUUUGCGUUUUAUUUAAGUGUAGUCGAAGCAAGCAACGAAUAUUUUAAAAGUGGCGCCACAAAAAAUUACGGACGCUGACGUCACAUAUUCAUAUUGGCCAGGGCAGCACAAAUAGGUUUAGGGUUGUCGAGCUUUAAGUGUUUUUUUUUUCUAGAAUACUCAUGCGUAACUUAAUAAAAGGUAAUACAUGUUAAAGCUGUGUGCUUUAUGAUGUCACAGCUGUAGCAUUGUCCAGAUAACAGUUUCUGCUGUGAUUUUCAAGGUAACCCAGCUAAUGAAUUGACCAGCGCUCGAGUUUCUGAUGUCACGGUUAAAGAAUAGCCACUCAAGGCUUCAUGCAGCGCUCGUGUCACGACUCACUUUUACAUGUAAACAAAUCAUGAACCAACAUUCAUUCAUUUAACCUAACUACUUGAUAACAUGGAGCACGACAGUAGUUGCUGGGGGACCAGCUGGAAAUAGCGCGAUAAUCUUUGACGUCACAGCUGGACU